AGCAGUGAUUUUAACUUUAAUCUGAAUAAUGUGCAAACUAAACUUGGCUUGGACUUUGGGCAUCGUCCUUACUGCAAUGGUUAGUGGCACCACCAGGACGACCACUAGGGAACCCACUACUAUUGAGUCGAUUGUGAUCCGUGCUCCAACGCCACGCCCCCUUUGCAUACGUCCGCCCCAAUGCAUUCCGCACAGUCCGCGAGUGUGCGGUCGCUUUCCGAAUGGCGAUUGCCAGCGUUUCGCGAACAUUUGCACCCUGCUGGCCCUCAACCGCCAUCGCAAUCCCCUCCAGGUGGUUCACACCCGCGAGCUGGACUGCCGCGGAAUCCGGGCCGUGGGUGCUGAGAACCGGCGACCUUGCUACCACCCGUGCCCCGCCCGUCCGGUGGCCUGCAAAAGAACGCCCCCCGCGGAGGAGAUAUGCGUCCGGUCGCGAAACUUGCAGAGCUGCAAGCUGCUGGCCAACAAUUGCCAACUGCUCAACCAGAAUUGCCACGCUCGGCCCAGAAACAACUGGCACCGCACCGAUAAACGACGCUGUGGAAAUCGAAUGGUGGGCGAUAAGCCAGAUGUCUGUGAAAAGCUGCCCGUUGUGGUCACAUCAAGACCAAGGCCACGCAAUACAUAAGCCGACCUUGGCUACUUAGUAAAAUUUGACCUCCUACUAGGGUCAAAAAAUCGAAAAAUA